GUCACACAGCCGCGAAAUGAAGGCGCAGAGAGGGCGGCCAUGACUCUAGUCUCUACUAUUAUUUAAUGCCAAAUAAAUUACCCUCGGAAAACUUCCAUGGCAAGAGCCACGAGUCAGAUUGAAAGCACUGCGCCCUCUUUGAACGAGUGCUAUGACUGAAAGGUAUGAUGUUGCAUCCCUCCACUCCUCUGUUCUCAUCUCCUGUCCACCCAUGGUAAGAGGCCAGCAGGACACGCCCCGUCUCCACGGCAACAGCAUGGAGGGACCGGCCACGACUCCCCAGUCUACCCAGCCUCGCAAGAAGAGACCCGAGGAUUUCCGAUUCGGCAAAAUAUUGGGAGAAGGCUCCUUUUCGACCGUUGUCUUGGCAAAGGAACAUUUAACGGGGAAGGAAUAUGCAAUUAAGAUCCUGGAAAAGCGCCACAUAAUGAAGGAGAAUAAAGCGCAAUAUGUCAAAAGAGAGAGAGACAUCAUGUCACACCUGGAUCAUCCGUUCUUUGUCAAGCUCUACUUCACCUUCCAGGACGAGGAGAAAUUGUAUUUUGGAUUGAGCUACGCAAAAAAUGGUGAACUGCUGAAAUACAUUCGGAAAAUCGGCUCAUUUGACGAAACUUGCACGCGGUUCUACUCUGCGGAGAUUGUUUGUGCUCUUGAGUACCUACACCAGAAAGGCAUCAUCCACAGAGAUCUGAAGCCGGAGAAUAUUCUGCUUAGUGAAAAGAUGCACAUUCAAAUAACAGACUUUGGCACGGCCAAACAACUGUCCUCUGACAGUAAACAGGCUAGAGCAAACUCAUUUGUUGGUACCGCUCAGUACGUCUCUCCUGAAUUACUGACUGAGAAAUCUGCCUGCAAGAGUUCGGAUCUCUGGGGAUUAGGAUGCAUCAUAUACCAGCUUGUAGCUGGAUUACCACCAUUCAGAGCUGGGAAUGAAUAUCUAAUAUUCCAGAAGAUUAUUAAACUGGAGUAUGAGUUUCCUGAGAAAUUUUUCCCCAAAGCUAAGGAUCUUGUGGAACAGCUUCUGUCACUGGAUCCGUGCAAGCGGAUUGGCUGUGAGGAGAUGGGCGGAUACGGACCACUGAAGUCCCAUCCUUUCUUUGAGUCAGUCGGCUGGGAUGAUGUUCAUUUCCAGACACCACCCAAAUUAACAGCGUAUCUGCCAGCCAUGUCCGAAGAUGAUGAGGAUUGCUAUGGAAACUACGAUGAUCUGUUGAGCCAGUUCAGCUGUAUGCAGGUGGCACAGCCUGUUCUCCCCCCUUUAGUUCCAUUUACAGGAGAGACGAGUCACCCUACAUAUAACCCCUCCCCUAGUGUGGAUCAAUUUAUACAUAUUCAUGAGCUGGACAGUAAUAGCAUGGAGCUCGACCUGCAGUACAGCGAAGAGGAGAAACGCAUUUUAUUGGACAAGCAGAGUGCGGCCAACCCGUGGCACCAGUUUGUGGAGAAUAACCUCAUCCUUAAAAUGGGCCCAGUGGACAAGCGCAAAGGUCUGUUUGCACGGAGAAGGCAGUUGCUACUGACAGAAGGUCCUCAUCUGUACUAUGUUGACCCGGUCAAUAAAGUUCUGAAAGGAGAGAUCCCAUGGUCACCCGAACUGCGGCCUGAAGCAAAGAACUUCAAAACCUUCUUUGUUCACACGCCAAACCGGACGUACUAUCUAAUGGACCCAAGUGGCAACGCUGAUAAAUGGUGCAAGAAAAUCCAGGAAGUUUGGAGGAAGAUCUACCACAAACAUCAGAGCCCCAGCCUAUAGGACUACAGCUCUCCCUUAUGGCCACACCCCCACAGCCCUCCAACCAAUCACAGGACAGGGACACGCCCCUGUUGAGACACCUCUCCAACUAUAUAUUGUCUUUCUGUCUCUUCAUAUAUCGUUCCCUGGCACUUUCUUAGUUCGGAUUCAGUUGUUUCAUGCAUUGAGGAUAUAGCCUUUACAACCAAAAGCAGCAAAGUCUGCAUGUUAUGUUGGCAGGCAAUGCAUAGACAACCUAAAGAAAACCUUACUCCCAUAGAUGGAUGACUACGCAAGUCUUUCCAUCAAUUUUUAAGCGAUGUGUGACUCGAAAGAGUUCGUUACCUGCAAUCUCCAUUCGUUUAUAGUGGAAAAAAGUGCACACUUUUCUUUUAUUACGCAACGCAAACACACUUACACACACUCAACCCCUUACCUUGAAAUACCUAAAUGCUUCUCUCCGGCAGAGUGUGUCACUUUAGUCUGUGUUUAGAGUGAAGGCGGGUCCUUUUUACCAUUAUUGGCUACAGUAGCUGGUCUUGCUGAAUUCUGAUUGAAGGAUGUGGUGUCAGAUGUCUUUGAGGUAUCCCUUAGCAUGUUUCGUAUUCUGAUUAAAUCUUAAACUAAAUCAGGAGACAUCACCACCACCACACCGCAACAAUCACCAUGGAAACCACAUGAGUAAUGUGGUUUGAGAUGGUAAUUCUUCACUUCCCCCCUGCCCUGAGCUAAAAGUGCAACUGAGGUUCCUUUUUUUGCCGUUUUUCUUUUUAUAGGGUAAGUUUACCCACAAAUGAAAAUUACGUAAUUUACUCGCCCUUGUUUUGUUCUAACUCAACAUGACUGACUUCCGUGGAACACAGAAAGAUAUGUUAGGCAAUUGUUAGCCUUAGUCACCAUUCACUUACAUUGCAUACUUUUUCUAUACAAUACAAGUGAAUGGUGACUGAGGUUUACGUUCUGCUUAAUUUCUCAUUUUGCAUUUUACAGUAGAAAAAAAAAGUCAUAUGGGUUUGGAACAACGUGAGGGGCAGUACAUUUUUGGGUGAACUAUCCCUUGAAUUGCUUGCAAUGUGACUUGCUGACUGGUGGCUUAUGACGGAGGGGCAGUCUGUGAGUUUGUGUGUGUGUGUGUUUGUGUUUGGCUCCUCUCAUUUGGCCAUUUUUAACAGGAAGUCCGUGGGCAUGAGUGCGAUCGACAGACUGAGUGAGUGAGAGAGUGUGUGUGCGCGCGUGUACGUGCGUCUUCCUGAUUGGUAACAGAUGACUGUGAUGUACAGUGUAUGUAAUAUUGAAAAUGGGAGGUGAGUAAAGAGGUGACUCUAGGAUCCAGGUUUUGUAUUUUUAUUCUUAAAAAAAAAAAAAAAAAAAAAAAAGGUUAUUUGGCCGCUCCGUUCUGCCCUGACUUCUCUGUGUUAUUUAAAUUCUAAUAUAUGAAAGCAUAUUUGGAUUGAAGUCAUGUUCCAGGGCCUUGCUGUGUAUGUAUUGAAUAUGUAAAGCCUUUGAAUGUGAAGAAUUAUUGUAAACUAUGAUAUUUUACUGCUUUUGUUUUCUUACUAUAUCAUAUACAUUUUCUAUUUGCGCAGUGAUUGGCUCAUUUCUGAUAAUUUAAUGCCUGUGUGCGCACGGCCCCGCUUGUCUGUGUGUGUGUGCGCGCGCGCGUGUGUGUGUCUGUGUGUGAAAAGGUGGAUGCGUGUGUGGGGCCCUUGUGCGUGUAGGCAAUGCGUGUAUUCUUGUCGGCCUUUUGCGCUCGUCAAAACCUAGAACUGAAAUAAAGCAUGUAGGGUUUUAGGCC